AUGUCAGGUAUGGUUCCAGAAAAGCGCGGAUCUGCUUCAACGGUGAAAGCAUGCGAUUCAUGCCGUAAGAGGAAAAGACGAUGUAUCUGGACACCUGGCACUACCGGCUGCACAAUCUGUGUGAACCUCAAGGAGGAGUGUACGACGACACAUGUUCGAAGACCAAGGUCGAAGCCACAGAAAGGCAACCGUAUUGCAGAAUAUGAGAAACGGAUCAAGCAAUUGGAAUCGCUGAUACAAAAACGAAGUGCCGAACAACCUCAGAUUCGUCAUGAGCCUCUUCAACAAUCCAUACGGCCUUCGAUGUCCCCAUCAACGUGUGUUGAGAACCUUCGCCAUGAAUUCCAAACGAUGCCUCGCCCGGACAUUCCAGCCUCUGAUCCAUUUGACACGGACGCUCUCGCAGAGUUGACCAGCUUCUUCCCGCCUUCACUCGUGGCACCCCUUGACCUCCAUAAGACCGAAAAAUGUGUAUCCCCUUCAAUAUCAUAUGCUUCUCUACCUACGCAGGAUCUGCAAACCUCCUCUGAAUUUGAAGCCGACUCAGCAUAUCUCAAAGACGUACAAAUUGGCGCUACUGACUCCACUUCCACUGUUGGUACUGGCACAACUGCUACAGUAUUGUCACCGGCCACAUUCGAUUGGUACUUCCCCCCACCCGAGGUGGCGACUUCCCUCCUUGCGGAAUUUUUAAAUGACUUCAACACUGCCACACCUCUUUAUCAACCUGAUGUUCUAGCCAACUAUCUUCGAAUAUGCUAUGCUGAGUGCUGUGAAGACAACAUCAUUGCUUGGACUAGUGCUUAUGUCGUCUUUGGCCUGGCCCACACAUUGCGAGCAAUGAGCCCUGUUGGUACAACACAGGACACGUAUAUGGCGCAGUACUACCUCGAUAAAACGUUAAUGACUCUGAGGUCGCUCCUUUCUGCGCCAGCAUCCCUUGGUUUGGUACAGUGCUUGCUCGGGGUAGCAUUGCUCAUCACGCGCCUACCAAUAAGAUAUAACAUAAAUGAGGGACAGUUCAUUGCCACCGCGUCGCGCAUUAUACAAGGGUUGGCCUACGAGCCCUGCACAUCUGAUAUGCCUCUCUUAGACUACGCAUCCAGUGCGCAGCAGCAGCGCCGUGUUUUCUGGUUGGCUUUCAUUGGCGAUACGAUGACCAGCAUAAUAACUAACUCUCCAACGACUUAUCGCCAUGAAGAUGUCAUGGAAUGCUCCCCUGAAAUGGCCGAGUUUCUCCUAGACCCCCUGGGCGCCGUCACAUCAGCAGAAGGAUACUGGCAAAUCAACAUUUUCAAUCUUCGCGUAAAGCUAGCUCUCCUACAGGCGGAAGCCAACGACCAGAUCCUUACCUCGAGACCACAUUGCAUGAAGUCUCCGGCUGCAAAGGCCGCCUCUGCCACCGUUCUCAGGCAUCUUGAGGAAUUCCACAAGCAGGAAGUUUUUACGCUUGGUGUCAACCGACUUUUCCAACUACUGUACAGAUCAGAUAUAUGUCACGUCGUGACGCUCGAAGCGACCUAUUUUGCGACUGUGUAUCGCCUGCAUGCGUUUGCAGCGUUUGAGGAGGUGACGGGCAUUAAUCCGUUUUCACUCGAGGGACUCAAGAUGACGGCAGGCUUGCGGGAAAACAAGUGUUAUGGAGCGGCACAUCGAUUGUUAAGUCUGCUGCCCAUUGCCCCACGGGGUGAUGUUGGGUUGUACUGGAAUUCGCAUAUCAGUAUGAUUGCAGCGCUGGUCACUGUGCUCGCGCAGCACAUUAAUGAUCCGGCGGAAGCGAUGCCCAGCUCAGAGGAAUUCGAGGUAUAUAACCAGUUUCUGGUGGAUCUUGGAACGAUGGCCCAGGCUGGCGGGAACUGGGAGCUUUUGAACAUGCGAGAGUUUUGCGUGUCUUUAUUCUUGAAGAUUCAGCGACUGCUUCCCGUGUGGUCAUCAGAGGGUUCCGCUCACUUUGACGGGUUGAGUUUGAACGGCACACCAUCAUCGGAAGGAAACCAUAGUAGCGAUUCGUCAACUAAGGGCUAUCAAGGCGGUGCAUGGGCUGAAGAGCAAAUACACGGUUCGCAAGCCCACGUGAGAUGUACCUAG